AUGAAUAAUUUUCCUUCUACUAGUAAAUCUAAACAGAACGAUGACUUUGAGGACGAUGAAAUAUUUGAGGACUCGACUUUCUUGGCCGAAUUCAAUGAUUCCUCCAAACAAAUAUCCAAGUUUACUCAGAAUAACAUAAAUACUUCUUUGAAUAAAAGCGCCUUAAAUGUCAGUGCCCUGUGUUGUGAUGAAGAAAUCAGUGGAUAUGACAAACUUACAGGGAAAACAUGGAUUUACCCCACAAACUACCCAGUUCGGGAUUACCAGUUCAAUAUUAUUAGGGCUUCUAUCCUAAAGAAUACACUUGUCAGCCUACCAACUGGGCUUGGUAAGACCUUCAUAGCUGCAGUGAUUAUGUACAACUUUUACCGUUGGUAUCCUCUCGGUAAGAUCAUAUUCACUGCUCCAACCCGACCACUCGUGGCCCAGCAGAUAGAAGCAUGCUACAAUAUUAUUGCUAUACCACCCAAUGACAGUAUUGAAAUGACAGGUUACAUGCAAGUAAACCUAAGAAAACAACAUUGGCAGAAGAAAAGAGUGUUCUUUGCUACACCCCAAGUAAUUUAUAAUGAUAUGAAAACAGGUAUCUGUCCCUGUGACCAGAUUCGCUGUUUAGUUUUUGAUGAAGCACACAAAGCGCAAAGGAAUUAUGCAUACUGCCAGAUUAUAUCCACUUUAGAUGAUUUGGGACUUAAAACUUAUAGAGUUUUGGCAUUAUCAGCUACACCUGGCAGUAAGGUUGAUGAUGUUUCCAAUGUAGUCAAGAACCUUCACAUAGCUCACUUGGAGCUUAGAACGGAAGAAUGCCUAGACGUAGCGCGAUAUAGUCACGCGCGCAAGAUAAACACGGUGGUCAUCCAGCUGGACACGCAACUUACGCAGUUAAGACAACAGUACAUAGAGAUAUUAGAUGGAUAUGCAAGGAGGUUAAAACAAAUGAACAUUUUGCCGACCAAUCUAGGAAACUUAUCGAAAGGUCGGAUAGUGAUGCUUUACAAAGAAUUUCAGAAUAAGGAUCGAAGUGCAAGGCACCCCCAACACAACUACAUAAUGAAAGACUUCACAAUCCUGAUUGCAUUAUACCACGGCUUAGAACUACUUGUUCAGCAAGGCUCGCGAGUAUUCCUCAACUUCUUCAACGAUCACCCAGAAAAGUCCUGGAUCCAGUCCGAUGAUCAGCUAACAGCGUUCCUAGAGAGAUUACGUGAUGACUUGGGAGUCAAUCCUUUAUCAUUAGACCGGAGUAUACUGCCUGAUGGGACUGUGCCUGAGAUUCCAAAGGAUUUGUGUUUCGGACACCCUAAGUUUCAUAAACUGAAAGAAAUAAUGAUGUACCACUUUACAAAGUCACAGCAUAACAAGCAAGACACUCGAGCCAUAGUGUUCUGCGAGUACCGUGAGAGUGUGAACCUGGUUCACUGCCUGCUGCUGCAGUGUCGGCCGCUCAUCAAGCCGCAAAUGUUUGUCGGACAAGGCGCUUCAGGCAAGGACGGUAAAGCAGUAGUUUCUCAGAAGCAACAAGUGCGCGUCAUGAACAGCUUCCGUAAGGGCGAGUGCAACGUGUUGGUGGCCACGUGUGUCGCCGAGGAGGGGCUGGACGUGGGCUCCGUCGACCUCAUCGUGUGCUUCGAUAUCUCUACCAAGUCACCCGUGCGACUUGUACAACGAUGUGGUCGUACUGGGCGGGAGCGCGGCGGACAAGUAUUCAUCCUAGUCACAGAGGGUAAAGAACAACAGACGUUAACGGAAUGCAUGCGGCAAAGAGAUGGGCUCAAUAAAAAGAUUUUACAAUCAGAAGAUAUAAAGAACAACCUGUAUAAGUUGAACCCUCGCAUGAUGCCUCACGACUUUAUGCCCGAGUGCCAGAAGAUGUACAUUACUGUGGAAAAGAAACAGGAGCCCAAGGACAAGGGGAAGGAAGUUAUUGAGAAGUCUAAAAAGAACCAAAAAGACUUAAGAAGUAUGCUAUUUAAACAAGGUCCUUCAAGAAGUUCUACUUCGACAGUCAAGGAAGCGAACAGCAACAGUUUUAUAACAGAAAACGAGUUCAAUGACUUAUUCCCCGAUGGGUACUCUGAAAAACAGUUAUUUGUCCCACAGAAGGAGUAUUGGGCUAUGAGUAAAGAAACCCUUAACGAUGCACACAAUUUAGAAGACAAUGGUUUAAAAUUAAGUAAGUGGUUGGAUUGGCAAAGGAGGUUAGAUAGGACAGUUAAUGUACAUCACUCGAAGGAUUCAGAAAUAUUAACAGAAUUGUUACAGUAUUGUGAUGCCAAGAGAUUUGAUAUGCCGGCGUCGACACAGAACCCUAGUUUCCCAAGCCAGGAAUUACCUACACAGCGAAUUAUAUUCAAUUCUCCAUUAAAAACAAAACAACCCAAAAAGAAGCAAAAAGCUCCGACCGCUAAAAAGGAAACCGAAUCUCCAAAAAAAUAUGGUGAUAUUAGAGCUCUCUUCAGCGCUUCAACAAAAUCAACAACGUCUUAUACGAAAUCUAUAAAUGAUCUAGGUUUACAGAACAGUGGAAGUCUUCCAACUCGCUUGAUCAGUUUACUUGUUGACCUAAGCUUAGAUAACACAAAGCCAGAUAAAGUCUGCUAUGUUUGCAAGAACAUUGGCGACUGCACCGACAUACAACAUUUAAGAGCACAAAAGAAAUCUUCAAAUACCAUUAAGCAAACACUAUCAGAUAUAAAGCUACCUGAUAUAGAUCUAAUUGAAUAUUUUGAUACGGACACUGUGUUGGCAUGUUCUAAAAAGGCAAAAGACGAAGAAGUUGAGGCAGUAACUAAUAAUUUCGACUUGGAGGCAGAUUUUCUGUCUGAUAAUGAGCCUGAACAACCUUUUAAGGAGGCCAACGAACAGAACAAUACUGCAGUGUCUGAUAAUUUUGAUAUCGGUGAUAUUGCCGAUAUAUUCGCUGAAAGUAGUCCAGAAGAAGCUAUAGAAAAGGAAAUAACCAAAGUAGUACCUGAGGAAAAAGAAACUAAUGAUGCAUUAGGUUUCUUCGGCCUAGAUAGUAUCGAUGACAUAUUUGCUGACGACGUAAUAGAUGACACACCUCCAGAACUAACAGCUAUACCCACCAAAAGCAAUAAUACCCAGAAAACAAAAUCCCAAAAAGCUCCCAAUCCAGAAAAUCCUUUAAGUCCGUCCAUUUUGUCUGGUAGACCGAAAGCCAAAGAUAUUCCUACCUCGCCUAUACUCUGCAGCCAACCUCGUAAACUAUCUUUGUCUACGAAGAAAGAUCGAGCGAAAUGCUCAACACCGUUUAGCAGAAAGCAGUUGAUACCAGAAACGUCAAAUAAUAGUGAUGGAGCUUUAAAACAAAGAAGCGUAAUGAAGGACAGUUUAGUUGAUACAAGUAAUAAGAGUCUAAUGACGAUAACACAAUUAGUGGAUAUGAUUAAUACAACAGAUAGUAACACAUCAACUGCAAAUAAAAAUAAAGUUCCAGAGCGAGUAGCAAUAAAAGAAAGAAGUGUUUCACCAAUCCUUCUAACUCAAGCAGAAAAAAGGAAAACUUCAUAUUAUAAUGAAACGACAAAUUCCGUAGCGUCAACAUCACACGGAAACUUAAGGUGUAGUCUUACUAUACUCGAUAGCGACAGCGAUUCAAACGAUACCCAAAUAUAUGACGUAACAAAACACUUCGACAACGCUGGAUUCAUUAAUAUAACCUCAAAUAGUAAUAAAAGUCCAAUGACUAAUAAGAGAAAGCUAGAUUCAAGUGAUACUGUAACAUCUUCACCAUAUUUCAAUAAGAAACCAAAGCUAGAAAGUCAAAAUGAUAAAAGAAUGACAUUACAAGAAAAAGUGCUAGCAGCUAUUUCGUCGAGUAAAUUGAACAAGAACAACGACAGUGAUAAGACAGUUUUUAAUGUUGUUGUUUCACCACCUCGCAUGCUGUCACAAAAGGAAAAUAUGAACCCACAUUUCAAUGGUGCAAAGGAAGAUGAUGAUGACAAAAAUAAUAAGUUAAGCGCAUUACAAAUGUUUAGACGCGACAACAAACUAAAAAUUGAUAAAAGUAAAUUUGACGCUAUAUUUAAGAAGAGUCCUAAGAAAGCUGAAUUGACGCAGAAACGCAAACUAACGUUUGAUGACAGUGAUGAUGAUUUUAUUUGUGACGAGAAGAGCUUUUCUGUCGCUAAACGGUCGCCUUGCCAAGAUGCUAACGGAUCAACAACUUAUCGUAAAGUUCGGAAAAAGAAAAAAAAGAAGACCGGUCACGAGUUCUUGGAGUUAGAAGCUGAACUAUCGGACGACGAAGGUCACAGCGGUGAUGAGCUGUCAGACGAGAGCGUCGGCAGCAUCAUAGACUUCAUCUGCGACGAUAACGUCACGCACCACGAAGACAUACAGGCCGUCUACUUGAAGUCUAUCAAGAGCCCCAUUAGAGGCGGAGGCUUUAAAAUACCUGACCUACCGUCAAGGUUCAGGAAAGAAGACGUGUUGUCACAGUACGUUGAGGAUGACACCUAUGAAAUGGAUAGCUUUUGUGUCGACUCCCACAUCGGUUUCACACAAGUUAAUGAAGUAUCGGAACUGGAGCUAGCAGAAUUGGUGUUAGAGGAAGAGAGGAAGGCCAAGAAGAAGUCCAGAAGAAUAUGUAGUCAAGAAGACAGCCCUGUGGCUGUGAAAAAACAUAAACCUAAGAGGAGGUUAAUACACAGUGAUUCUGAUGAUAGCGGGUGAACGUGAUGAUGAGGGUCAACCUUCACUGGUUUAUGUAAUGCAAGGAUCGAACCUUACGAUCCAACCAAGGAGCAAUUAGUAAGAGGUCUUAUAACAAAGAGUUAUGAUUCAUAAGUCAUUUAUAAAGUAGCCAGUCACCAUAUCUCCUAUGCUAGCUGUUGUCUCUAUUAGUCUCUGUUAUCCCUUUCUCACUAGUACAAUAAGUUUAUGGUAAAUCGCUAUAGUCGGCGAUUAGCGAUGUUUCUUUUGAUUAGCCAAAGCCUGAUCAAAAGAUAGUUCAAAUCGCAACAUUUUUCAGACUGAAUAAAGGACAUUUCGAACUACA